AUGAUGGAUACACUCUCCUACUUCCAUCCUUCCGUCGAAGCUUCCCACACCCAUUGGAACGACCAGGGCUACAACUCCAACUCCAAGUGGACGGCUCCUUCUCCUACACACUCGUCCGAGGCGCUGGAAUCGUACUCGCACAACUCGCCCUCGCUGUCUUUUUCCGAGACUCUGGUGUUCUCUAACAUGGUCGCCCAACAGGACUUGUUGCCUGAAUUGUGGCUCGAGCUGCCUCCCGCCGCCACCAGACACAACUCCGAGUCCAUGGGCAGCGGCCAGGCUCAUCACUACAACCAUCAUCCAAGUCCCGGUGCAGACUUCCAUCAGCACGAGCACCCCUUCAUGCAUCAACCAUCGAACAGCAACACCAACAACGUGGCCUUCGCUGGCUGGAACUCCAAACCAAGAAGCAAUCCGCCUCCCGGGUUGGCUGCCACCGCGGUUCUUCGUGAUUCAUCUUUAGAGUACGCACAGUCCCUUCUUCCUCACAGUCUUCUCAUGCCCUUGACCCAGGAAAACUUGGACUUCCACAAGGCCACCAAGCCUCAGUACAAUGAGUUCUACACAUUUGACAACAGUCAGAACAUGGACUUCACCACCGAGAAACUUCCGCACCCCCACAAGGCCAGAAAUAACUCCGUCUCUUCCACAUCCUCGUCGGCUCAUUCCUCCCACUCGGGCAGCUCGAGCUACUCCAAGACAUCCAAAGCUACCAACAAGUCUCUUAAUACCCAAUUGUACAAGACUGAGCUCUGCAUGUCUUUUAUGAAGACAAACGUGUGCCCUUAUGGCAACAAGUGUCAGUUUGCGCAUGGUGAGGCUGAGUUGAAGAGAGUCGAAAGACCAUCCAACUGGAGAUCCAAGCCCUGUGCCAACUGGACCCGUUAUGGCUCUUGUCGCUACGGCAAGCGUUGCUGUUUUAAGCACGGCGAGUAA